AUGCCAAGUGAAUCAGUCUCGCUGAAGCAAGCACAACUCAAAAUAAAUUUAAUGAUUCGACCAAUGUUAGAAUCAAUGCGAAAUAUUCUUCGCAAUCUUAUUCUAUGGAAUAAAGAACCACAUGAUAUGUCUAUAAAAUUACAUGCAUCAACUAUUACAAACCCAACAGGACUAUGUUUAAAAUGUCCCCGUCAACAUCAUCAAGUUGCUGAAUUUUGGGUUAAUAUGGAUAAUUCACAUGUCUCUAUAAAUAAUAAAUGUAGAACUUGUCAAUGUGAUCCUUCUGAUCAUUCUCCAAUUGAUUAUAUACUUGAAUAUAAAUGCUCCAAUAAGUCACUGAGCAGGUCUGAGGCCGAGCUGAUCACGUUAUUUGAUGAUUUGUUUAAAGCGAGCGUUGCAUUUGCUCAUUUUCUGUUGGUAUCGAGUGUUAACUCAGAAACUGAUCCAUUCUUAUCAGGUUGGACAAGAAUGAUUAAAGAAGAAGAAGAAGAUAUCUGUGAUGAAAAGAUUCCGUGCAAAGUAAACCACAAGUUGAUGGAAGAUCUUCAAAAAUGGAAAGAUAAAUAUGAAAACAAAAGGAAAGAAAUCAGUUAA